GGGAUGGAGACUGACGAAUAGAGAACGAGAGCUCCAGACUGACAGAACGUGGCUGAAGAGCUGAGAAUCUAGAAAGCCAUUUCCAAAAAGACUUGUUACACAGGAAAAUUGAAAGCACAUGAACACCACACACUGGAGAACAUAUACAACAUGACGAGUUGUUGUUAGUCACCUAACAGUUAAUAUCAGCUGUAUUACGGGACGCACAGCUCAUGUGGACAACAGUAACUGGACACAAGUUCAUAUGAGGAAUGUUACAGGGGAUGUUAUCUGGAAACCACUGGAAUCUAAGAUUUCUGCUAUUGGCCGUGUCGGUGAUCAGAAUGAGUGCAUCAAAUGACAUCAUGGGAUUCCUCCGGCACAUCUGGACCAGACUGCUGGGCCUUUCUCACGACCACCCGCUCAUGCAGGUUGCGUUUCUCGUCAUCCUGCUGUUCUUCUUGACAUUCAUUGCUCUGGUCAUCAUUGGAUGCGUUUACGGCCGCUGUGGCUGCUGCAAAGGGACCAGAAACAGAGUGUCUGCCAUCUGAUCUGCCACAAUGAAACAACAAAAAGUGGGCUCCAAAGGGGGAGGAACAUCAGACAAGACAGCAAUGGGCCGAAAUAAAGUGUUCAUGGCAUCUGAUGGCUUUGAUUUGUGGCUGCAGUGAUAACACACAUUAUGGUGAUAAUACCCAGCCAGUGAAGGUGGCAUAAACACUGCAAAGCUGUAUGAAAAGGAAAGAGUGGGGGUAAGAUGUGUCACCAUCUUAAUCCCGGAGACUGUGCACAAUUGUUGUCAUGUGACCAUAUUAGAUAGGGCACAUUAUAUACAGCUGACAUUAGCUAUGUUUACAUCAACAUUUUUUUAAUGCUCAUUUUGGGAUGGAAACGCUGCUUUAUUUGCACAUUGUUUUUGCGAUAAUAUGGUUUUUGCAUUAAUUAAAUUCGCAACUUGGAUGGAAACAAGUGAUUGAGAGAUGCACAUGAGAAAAGUGAUGAGCAUAUUUUUUGCAUGUCGAAGUACAUGUUCUACAUGGCAGGUAUAUCCAGGUCUAAAAUACAAUAUACAGGUGCUGGUCAUAUAAUUAGAAUAUC